GCCCUUCUGCAGCUGACCUGGAGGACAGACAGCGUCUGGCUCAGGCUGCCCACAAUGGCCCUCCUGACACACCUGUUGGUCUGCGUCUUUGGCAUGGGCUCCUGGGUAGCCAUCAACGGGCUCUGGGUGGAGCUGCCCCUGCUGGUGACUGAGUUGCCCGAGGGCUGGUACCUGCCCUCCUACCUCACCGUGGUCAUCCAGCUGGCCAACAUAGGCCCCCUCCUAGUCACCCUGUUGCACCGCUUCCAACCUGGCUGCCUGUCUGAGGUGCCCGUGAUCUUCCUCAUCCUGUGCAUAGGCACAGCUGCCUGCAUCCUCUUGGCCUUCCUGUGGAACACAACCUCCUGGAUACAGGGCGGACGCCAUAGUGUGGCCUUCAUCGUCCUCACCUUCUUCCUGGCCCUGGUGGACUGCACCUCCUCUGUCACUUUCCUGCCCUUCAUGAGCCAGCUGCCCACGUACUAUCUCACCACCUUCUUCAUAGGAGAGGGGCUCAGCGGCCUCCUGCCUGCACUGGUGGCUCUUGCCCAAGGCUCAGGCAUCACCACCUGUAUCAACGCCACACAGACACCAGGCACCACCUUGAGCCCCGUGACCACGGUGGAGACCCACGUCACCCAGACAACCCACAGCCCUUCUUCCCUGUCAGCCCUCGCCUGGCACCUGGAGAGUCGCUACCUGGCCCCACGCUUCUCACCGCUGCUGUUCUUCCUACUGCUCUCCUUCCUGAUGGGCUGCUGCCUGGUCGCCUUUUUCCUCCUGCAGCGGCAGCCCUGGGGACGGCAAGGCUCCAUAGAGGACCUUCUCCACUCCCAGGUCACCCUGCACUCCAUCAGGCCACGAGACACAGAGGACACCGGCUCACUGGGUACCUACGUGAGCAGCCCAGGCAAGGAGUCGGUGGAAGUCAGUGCAGCCCCCCUCCGCCCAGCCCAGCUGGCCUUCAUCUACUCGGUGGUGGCCUUUGUCAACGCUCUCACCAAUGGCGUGCUACCUUCAGUGCAGACCUACUCCUGCCUGCCCUAUGGACCUGUUGCCUACCACCUGUCUGCCUCCCUCAGCUCCGUGGCCAGCCCUCUCGCCUGCUUCCUCCCCACCUUCCUGCCUAACAGGUCACUGUUGUUUCUGGGGUUGCUCACGGUGCUGGGAACCAGCUUUGGGGCCUACAACAUGGCCAUGGCUGCCAUGAGCCCCUGCCCCGUCCUGCAGGGUCACUGGGGUGGAGAAGUCCUCAUCGUGCUCUCCUGGGUGCUGUUUGCAGCUUGUCUCAGCUACGUCAAGGUGAUGCUGGGUGUGAUCUUGCGUGACCGGAGCCGCAGCGCCCUCUUGUGGUGUGGGGCAGCAGUGCAGCUGGGCUCCCUGAUUGGCGCCCUGCUCAUGUUCCCACUGGUUAACGUGCUGAAGCUCUUCUUGUCUGCUGACUACUGCAGCCUGGACUGUCCCGUCUAGCCUCACUUGGCCACCACAGGACACCAGGACACCAUCGCUGAGGUGGACAACCAGGACCCAGAGAGGCAAGGUUAACAACUCCUGCCCCCUUCUCCGUGAGGGCAUAGAUCUGGGUCCGAGCUUUUUUUACCCAAAAGGCCUCCUCCUGACCUGGAGCUGAAACGCGCAGCCCUCCCCCAACCCUGUGCCCCAGUGCUGAUGAGCCCCAGCUGCGGACUUCAUUCUCGGACUUCUGAGAGAUCUGGUUUGUAGCAUUCAGCCUGAGGCAGCCCAAGGACAUUAGGGGGAGAUCUCUGAGAGAUUAAGUUUCCCCUUGCCUGCUGUGAGAACUUAGGGAAGUCGACUCUCUAGGCCUGUUUCCUCAUUAAAGGAGGGCUGUAGUAAGCA